AUGGCGGCUCUGACGAGUAGUUUAUUUACACAUUUUACCCGACAAACUACGAUGGAAAGUACCGACGGUUCGGUAUCCCUGGAUUCUAGUGAUAUUAUAGACAACGCGAGCUGUUGUAGUGAAGAAACAGUGUUAUCAGUGGGUAACGAAGAGCCGCUGACCUUUAAAAACAUCGAAAAUCACUUGAUACAAAUAUCAGAAUCAUCUAGUCCAGUAGUUAAUAGUACAAAAUCGAACUUUAGUGACGUAAACAUUAAACAUAAUUUAAAAGAUGUUUCGGACGAAGAAAAUCCUCGAUUGAAAUUUUCCAUCGAUAAUAUUUUGAAAGCAGAUUUCGGCAGGAGGAUCACGGAUCCUUUGCAUGUCAAGAAGACGGUUCCGAAGAGGGUGGUUCGUGAAUGUGUGGAAAGUACUACCAAAGUGGUGCCGACGGGACCUGUGGAUUUGAGUAGGACCGAAGAAAAAGAAAAAAAGGAAGAGAAACAACCUAUUUUGUGGCCUGCCUGGGUUUAUUGUACUCGAUAUAGUGAUCGACCGAGUUCAGGUCCUAGAACUCGACGGCCGAAAAAACCUGGAGGAGGUAAGGCGGUAAGUACCGCGGGAUCUCCCGAAGAGAAACGACCUCGUACCGCAUUCUCCGGCGCGCAGUUGGCAAGACUGAAGCACGAAUUCGCAGAAAAUCGUUACCUCACCGAAAAACGACGCCAACAACUAAGCGCCGAAUUGGGUUUGAACGAAGCUCAAAUUAAAAUUUGGUUCCAAAAUAAAAGGGCGAAAAUAAAAAAAGCAUCCGGUCAGAAAAACCCCCUCGCUCUUCAGCUGAUGGCUCAAGGAUUAUAUAAUCAUUCAACUAUACCUCUAUCAAAGGAAGAAGAAGAAUUGCAAGAAAUGCACGAAAAGAGCGCGUAGAAUUAUACGAAAAAAUGACUUGUAGUAUAAAUAGGAAUAAAAAUUAGUUAAGAUGAGAAGAUUCCUCCAAUAGCUCUAAAUUUUCUUUAAAACAAAUUUUGAAUAUAUUCAAAUAUGCCAUAAACUUUAAAGUAAUCAAAAAUAUGUCUUCCCAAAACUGCCAGAUCAAUUCGAACUAUGGAUUUCGAAAUUCAACAUCUGGGGAAAAGAAAAAAAUAUUGGAACAAAUUUGUCACCUUGAGCAGGGGCUCGUAAAAGAUGAUAGUGACUUUUCGACUGCUGCUUUAAAGACGGGCGUUUUCGUGAUCGAAUAAAUUCGUUACUUCAAAGUCUACCCAGUCCAAAGAGACCUUCAGAGACCUAGAAAUAGAAGAGAAACUGUAUAUAGAGAAACAAAUCAUCCAGAAUUAUAUCGAGAUAAUAAAGAUGGUCGAAAGUCAAACUGAAGCUUUAUGAUCAAACCUUAUUUAUGGUACAGUCGAAUUAAUGCCGUUUGGUACACCUUGUUACAUUAGAAUAAGUGUUACAAAACUGUUCAAAAUUUGUUUCGAGGAGGUAGUACUCUUAUAACUAGUUCAUAAAAAUGUUUAUUGAAGUGAAGAAAAAAAUGUAUGAUAUUGUAAAGUCGAGAUAAUUAAUUUUAAGUAUCAUUUAAAUAGUUUUUACUUAAAAUUUUAUAACUAAGUCGUUUCAAAGGACUGAAUUAUGUUUAAUCAAACUAGAUUUGAGGUUAUGUGCAAAAAAGCAAAAUUUUAAGACUGUACUUGAAAUAAAUUUUAUUAAAUUAUCAUUAUUUUCAAACAGUUUUUCCUGAAUCGAAAUUAAUUUUCAAUUACCCUGCUGAUUUAAUCUUCCUAAAAUUGUUUACGACCCUGUAUUAAACUGAUUAGUAUAAUUUCUGAAUGAAUAUAAAAAAAUAUCGUUUAUUUGAUAUUCCUUCUAAAGGGCGAGUAAAAAUACAAAUUAAUAAUUUUGAUAAUUAAUAUAGUUGAUUUUGAGGGCGUUUCAAAUAGAAAACAAUUAUUAAAAUAUUGUGUGAACAGUGAAGUACCGGGUGUAUAUACUAAAUAUUCAUUACAUUAAACUUACAUGAAACUCAAACAUUUUUACUUAAAAAACCAUACAGCACAGGACUUUUCAGGAACUAACCCGGAUCACGUUCAUCGUUGUUCAGAAACUGAUCGAAUUAAUCGGGUUGUAGUUGUGUCUACCCUGGUAGGACCGGUGCGGUGGGUGAAUACGAUCAUAUGACGAAUUGUUUUAUUUGUCUAUGGUUUUUUCGCACUUAAUUAUUUAUUCCCUUUGAAUAGCAGUCUACUAUUUUUUAUUAUCAUGAGCAACGCAAUUUAUGACACUUCAACAUAAAAGUAGCUUAUUCGUAUUAAAAUUUGAUGCAAAAUGUGGGUGAUUCAUUUAAUUACAAUUAUUAAACAACUACAAAAUAUUAUAUAACUGAAUAAAUAUCACGGAAAAAUUAACGCAAGGAAAAAAAGAACCGUAAGUUUCUUGUAGAUCAUCUUUUAAAUUUGAUAUUUUCACCGAAUAUUUAACAAAAUUUCGUUAUGAUCUCAAGAUUAUAGUUUUCGAAAAACCUUCAUGUGAAUAAAUUUUGACAAUUUCGCCUUCAAAAUAAGCCAGUAAUAGUAUACCAGCGCUAUUGCAAUUUCCCAUACACUUGUCAGUUUCGGCUGGAAAGGCUUUCAAUACCUUAAGCGAAUUUCUUUUAAUGACGCGUUCCCCAAAGCGGAUUUUUGAAUUUCUAAAAGACCAAAUCUACUAAAUACGGAGGCUGAGCAAUUAAUCUCUACUGGAUUUUACAUUUGCAAAAGAUUCCUGUGUUUUUGUACAAGUCUAAUAUUGACUUACCCAAAACACAUCGACCAUAAUAUGUAAAAUCGAUCCGUGAGGAAUGUUUUGCGUCCAAAACACUUCUACAAUAUUGUCAACGAUUCCAUAGCUGGAAUUUCAUUAGAAAUACAAAAUUUCUCGAACUCAUUCAAAUAUGGUGCGCAAACUUUACACGGAGUUCACACUAAAAAAAUUGUAACUACGCGCGUAGUUUACACCGGGGUCUAAUUUGAUCAGACCAUGUUUUAGUAAUUGAUGCAACAGGUAAUUCAAUCUUGAUUUUGGGGAAGAUCGGCUGAUGGUAGAGGGUCAUACAAACUAUCUGUUAUGAACCUCCAAAGGUAAAUGUGAUUGGAUACUUUGUUAUGAUAGUGAAACAGCGCGUUAUCUUUCUUUUCUCUAUCUCACAGUUGUUUACACUGAUUAUACAUUCGAGUUUAAUAUGAGAUUAACUUGACGCAGUAACUAUAGAUUUCGUUUUUCCAAAUAGUUUUUCACCUUUGUUGUACACUAGUAUUUUCUUGCGGAUAGCAUGCUCAACCGUGCCAACGAAUUUGAGUUGCUCUAAGUUUGAUGUAAUAAAUACUUCCGGUAUUCCACAGGACUUAGUUAUUUAACAAAAAUGUCAACUGUCAACUCGUUUGAGUGAUAAUUUCAUGCUUCCAAUUUGACUUUUCGAAUUAUUUUGUAUUGAUUUCUUUACGAAUGUGAUGGAUUGUAAUUUUGUAAUAUAAUAUGUACUUUAAAUGUAAAAAAAUUGAUAAAUAUAUCGAUUAAAAAACG